CUUCGUAGAAGUCUCCUGAGCUCACAUCAUUGGAUCAAUCAAUCAAUUGAAAUACGUGUUAGUUCUAAACGUGGCAUACUAUAAGAAAACAAAAAGAAAUUAAAUAAAUAACUGAACGAGGAAAAAUAUCGGAAAGGUCAUACAAAAUUGUCGGCUACCUCCAUCCAUGCACUCAACACAAAUUGGUCCCACUUACACAUCUUCGCCACUGCAUAUCACGUGGCGGAUUUACAGACCCCAAAGUUUUGUGACGAAUAAGACUUCUUCACGUGUCGAAGAUCUGUAGAAGGUUGAAAAUGAAACCCCACACGAAGUGUAUAUAUGCUGACAACACAAGCAUAGAAACCUCAAAACACUUGAAAAUAUCAUCCUCAUCCUUAUCACACUAUGAAACCCACACAAAUUUAUUCUGGUCGUCAGAUUCUAACUUUCCCAGCAGUACAUCCCUGCGAAUCAGUCUCCAUAACUACUCUAAUCAACUCACUGAUACAAAUCGCCGGGGAGAUUCUCAGCUUCAAAUCAAAACAUUUCUCCACCAACAAACAAAGCGUCAAAGAAACUCUCCGACAUAUCCACAACCUUGUGGUCGUCUUGGAAGAAAUCCGGGUCGGGUCAAUAAUGACGGGUCGUUCCUUUCCCCGUUCAGCAAUCCUAAGCCUCUCAGAGCUCCACGUCAUCUUCCAGAAACUCAAGUUCUUAUUACAAGACUGUACACGAGAAGGAGCUAAGCUUUAUAUGCUGAUAAACUCGGACCAAGUCUCAGCUCAUUUCCGGGUCUUGACCCGAUCCAUAUCCACAUGCCUCGACACAUUCCCAGUAGGAUCCGUUGACCUACCUGGAGAAGUCAACGAGCUAAUCUAUCUAUUAAUCCGGCAGACCCGUAAAUACGAAGCUAGACUCGACCGGGAUGACAAACGGGCCAUAGACUCAGUCUAUUGGAUCUUUAAUCUGUUCGAGAACCGGAUUAAACCGAACCGGGAUGAAGUAAUUCGAGUUCUUGAUCACAUUGGUGUCCGAACAUGGAGCGAUUGCGUCAAAGAGAUUGGCUUUAUACAAGAAGAGAUUACAAUGGAAAGUGAACUUCUUAGCAGCUUAAUGGGAUUCAUAUGCUACUGCAGAUGCGUGAUACUCCAAGGCAUUGAUGAGGAGGAAGAAGAUGAGAAAGAAAAUUUAAAUAUUCUUGGUUUAAACGUUGAUGAUCUACGUUGCCCUAUUUCUCUAGAGAUUAUGAAUGAUCCAGUUGUUUUGGAAACGGGUCACACAUAUGAUCGUAUCUCUAUCGCGAAAUGGUUCGCCGCGGGUAACGUCAUGUGCCCUAAGACUGGGAAGAGUCUAGUGAGUACUGUAUUGGUUGAUAACGUCUCGGUCAAGCAACUGAUUCAGAGUUAUUUCAAGCAAGAGAUUGAUUUUAAAAGUAAGAAGAAUAAUAAUAAGUCGAGUGUUCCGGAGAGUUUAGCGGCGGAAGAAGCCGGGAAACUCAUCGCAGAUUUUCUCGCGGGAGAAUUGAUCAACGGCGGAGCAAAAGAGAUGGUGAAGGCGUUAGUUGAGAUUCGGAUUCUCACCAAGACGAAUGGUUUCAACAGAUCUCGUUUGGUGGAAGCUGGUGUAGUGGAAUCGCUGAUGAAGCUUCUUCGUUCUGGAGAUCCGACGAUUCAAGAGAACGCCAUGGCUGCGAUUUUGAAUCUAUCGAAAGAUAUCGCCGGGAAAGUUCGAAUCGGUGGAAGCGGUUACGGAUUGGAGACGAUCGUGGAGGUUUUAAACGAAGGAGCGAGGAGAGAGAGUAGACAACACGCGGCAGGUGCGAUCUUCUAUUUAUCUUCUCUCGGAGAUUACGGAAGGUUGAUCGGAGAGGUCACGGGUUCGAUUCCAGGGUUGUUGAGAAUAAUUAAAGGUUGUGAUUACGGAGAUUCCGCGAAACGCAGCGCUUUGAUGGCGAUUAGGAGUUUGCUGAGUCAACACUCGGAUAAUCACUGGCGCGUCCUCGCCGCUGGAGCCGUUUCCGUUAUUUUGGAUCUCGUGAGAUCCGGCGAGGUCGGGGACGGAGUCAAGGCCGAUUCGAUUGCGAUUCUCGCGAAAAUCGCGGAGUAUCCCGACGGGAUGAUCUCUGUGCUCCGUCGUGGAGGGUUGAAACUCGCGGUGAAGAUUCUCGGUUCGUCGGAGGCUUCGCCGGCGACGAAGCAGCACUGUGUUGCUCUGAUUUUGAAUUUGUGUGUUAACGGGGGAAGUGACGUCGUUGGGGCGCUCGCUAAGGAUCCGUCGGUUAUGGGGUCGCUUUACACGGUGUUAAGUAACGGCGAGUGUGGUGGAGGUGGGAGGAAGGCAAGUGCUCUUAUCAAAAUGAUUCAUGAGUUCCAGGAGAGGAAAACUGAACCGGGUUUAGAGAGAGGACGGUUCGUACACGCCUGGUGAUUGGUAGACACACCAUACCGCAACUCUGAGUGUUUUUUUAUCAGAGGGUUAUAUACCAACAUUGACUUCAACUUUUGUAGGUUAAAGAUAUAUUGUUAUUAUUGUAUAAAUGUAAUUAUAUUUGUAAAUCUUACUCUGAUAAUAAUACUUGUUUUGUAAUCAGUUUCUAGUUUUAAGAUAGAAGCUGUGCAUAAAUCAAAUAUGUAUUGUAAUUAUACAACUGAUUUUCUGGAAAUAAAUGAAGAAUAUCACAUA